UACAAUUUAAUUUUCGCAUAGCUGCGGUGCAAAAUCCAAACCAAAUUUGAUAUCAUAAACAGUAUGAAUAAUAAUAAGAACAAGCAGCAGUUGCAUUUGCACUCGAAUGCAAGUCGUGUCAGGUCGUUAGGGCUGGUAGACAUGGCACUGCCACUAACGGUCGCGUCGCCACCACAACUGCGACAUCGUCGCCAUUUUCAAUUUAAUGGGAUGCACUUUGAGGCUAACCCAUUAUCGCUACAAUUGCCGCGUAGUGCCCAGGAUGGAGACGCAGGCGAUGCUCGAUAUAGUACAACAAUAACAUCGGAACAACGGCGGGAUCCUUCGAGCUUCCCAUUUAAGGCCUUACUGCGUGGCGGUGACAAUAUUAGCGGUACAGAAUCACAGCAACACGGUGUGCUUUGGCGAGCCGAGAAUAACAAUGACAACGAUUAUGACAAUGACAUGGCCGGAGGAGAGGAUGUCUACAGCGGCGGCGGCGGCAGAAGCCAUGAGCGCGUGCAUCAUACGCUGCCCAACUACAGCAGGUUUCCCUCCGAAGAUGAGUACAACAAAAACAACAACAAUAAUAACUACUACAAAAACAACAGCAACAACAUCAGCAACAGCAACAGUAGUAACAAUAAUGUCAGCAAUAACUACAGUACAUACAAAAAGAACAACCUUAGUUGCAACAACAGUUACUGUGAAACUGAAGACAACAAUAUUAAGAACGAUGACAAUAAUGGUCUGGAGCAGAGACCGAUCCUAACAGGAUCAACACCAACACAUAAGAGCAUGCAAGUUAAGGCAGCUGCAGUAUCCGAUUCCAAGAUGGACUACAUAACGUUGGCAGGUUUCCUGCUCGGCUACCUCACAUCAAAUGUACUAUUUUUCCUGUGCUGGUAUUUCAGCUGGCUAAAAGGGCAGGUAAUGAAGCUGCGCAAGCAUUUUCUUGGUCAAUCAAAUCUCUGGGAGUUCUUCGACUUUGAGGAUACCACACGCUACUCAAUGCAGACCAAGCUGAUCCUUGCCCCCCUCAUUCUCAUCUGUAGCAUUCUUUACUGUGUCGUUAACAUUCUCCAUUUGAUGAUUAAACUGGUUCGCUCCGAUGUGCCACGCACUGUCGUCGAUAUAGUGCAUCGCAUUGCCAAAAACUACUGGCCCUAGACACUGCCAAGCAUUGUGCCAUGUGUAACAACCGUGAGCUGAAUAAUGUCAAUCAAACUUGGGUCGAUUGUAUUAUCUAAUGGUUUUCUACGGUUUCAGCUUUCUAAUUGAAUACUAUAUACAAUUGGUAGUGGCAAAAAUGUCAAUGUAUUUAAUAAAGGUCAACUUUAAAUUGGUGCUUACAUAA